AUGCCUCUGGCAUAUGCUUCGCUUCCACCAACGCCCAUAUCAUCUUCACCCCCGCCUCCUCAUUCUUCUCUCCAAGAAGUGUUACAUUCAGCGCCGUCGCUUCCCCCAUUUUCGCUUUGGGACUACCUUAGGGAAGAACUUUUGGCUACGGACUUUGAUUCACAUCAAGAGUUAAAAUGGGAAAGAGUCAGCAACUUUCUUGCAAUACCAGUAGCUAUGGAAAAGAUCAUGGGCUUUGGCUUUGUUCUCUGCCUCGACUCCUUCCUUUACACGUUCACCAUACAUCCUAUUCGCUUUGUGUUUGCCUUAUGGCGCGUACUCACCAACCUCGCUUCACGCUCAAAGGCACCACUCCCGCCUUCACAAAAGGCUGACAUCCUGCGAACAUUGCUUCUUGCUCUGUCCAUCAUGAUCCUCGUUCCGCUGACCGAUGCGAGCAAAAUAUAUCACUCGAUACGUGGACAGGACACCAUCAAACUGUAUGUCAUAUUCAACGCAUUAGAAAUUGCCGAUCGCUUGUGUGCUUCGAUCGGUCAGGAUAUCAUCGACUGUCUUUUUUCUCGCUCUACACUGCUACUUUUGUCACGACGCGUUCCGCUCAGCACGCAUACCCUACGCCCUAUCCUGUUCUUUGGCCUUGCAACGCUGUAUAUUGUCGUCCAUGCGUUGGUAAUGGUCUAUCAACUGCUCUGCCUCAACGUGGCCAUCAAUUCUUACGACAAUGCACUUCUCUCUUUGCUCAUGUCAAAUCAAUUCGUAGAGAUCAAAGGCAGCGUCUUUAAGAAAUUUGAGAAAGACAAUCUCUUCCAGAUCACAUGUGCCGACAUCGUGGAGCGCUUUACGCUCUGCCUCAUGCUCUUCUUCGUCGCCUUUCGUAACCUGAUCGAAUUGUCUGGCUCUGAGUUUGACUUCUCAGAAGGCGUUUUUCUACCGAAGAGCUUUGGAUGGUUCCGUGGCGGCAGCAACGUCCUCUGGACGAUCUCUUAUCCGGUCAUGACCGUCAUGCUUUCCGAAACGCUAGUCGACUGGCUCAAACACGCUUUCAUUACCAAAUUCAACCACAUCCGGCCAUCUGUGUAUGAACGCUACACCGACGUGCUCUGUCGGGACCUUGCAAGCGGGAGCGCGUUCGGCCGGCUCGGCGCACGCAAGCACACAUAUGUUGACCAAUCGCCUCUCGUUGCUCGUCGUCUCGGAUUUUCAGCACUCCCGCUCGCAGUCCUCACGAUCCUCAUCGGCUCGCAGGCGGUCAGUCUCGUGUUGUCUUCUUCGUUUGCGCACGGUACUUCGAUGCCCAGACUGUCCAAUUUAACCAACUUGAUCUGGCGCCUGAGUGACGUCGAGUGGUGGAAGUGGGCUAGAGAGUCAGCGUGGGAGGAGCUGUUACAGCGUGGGAGGGUUGUGGAUUGGGAAGCUGUCGUGCGGUGGGCAAAAUGGGGCACGCUGGGUUUGACGAUUUGGAUUUGCUUUGUAGUGAUCAAGAUCAUUAUGGGUGUCAACCUUGUCAGCUAUGCAACGAAACGGAAGGCAGGGAUGGAGGCACGGGAAGUGGCGGACAAAGUGAACGAUUUUGGUCGUGACCCUAUCGGGGAGGGGCGAGAAGAGCAGAUCUACAACCGGGAAUUGAAGACGCUCCUUGAUAACGCUCGUCACGAUACGAGGCCCACGGCGGAAAUCGGCGAGCGCCUCGGGAAUGCGAACGACGAUGUGGAGGGCAAAAAGAGGAGACCCAAAUUAGAGGAUCUGACGCGCUUUACGAUGGUCAAGCGGAUAUGGUAGAAUUUGCAGUUGACUGGGAUGUAUGAUAUUUAGAGGAAGUCCAUACUGGUUAUUGACAAGGCCAGUCACUAAGCCCGCAAAGUAUACAUGUCAGAUGUAUUUCGAUUGGUGAUAGUAGUGGUUGUAUGGGGACCAACAUAUAUAUAUUACAGGC